UAUGGGGGCGCGGUGUGGUCAGCGCGCAGACGCCGACCACGUUUGCCUUGCUGCUGCGUGAGAUCAUGGGGAGCAUCACCCCGUCCUGCAUCCGCUGGACGAAGAGCGAGAGGGCAGAGUGGCUGCGCCGCCUGGACUCUGUGACCUCGCCGCUGGAGUACGCCAGGCUGGCCGGGGACGUCCGGCGCCAGCUUCCCGCGCUCAUGAGCUACAGGUCCAAGGCGCGCUUCGAGGCCGACGCCGCGGAGGCGUGCCGGGCGCUGCGGGCCCACGGGCUGAGGGUGAGGCACCACGGGGGCGAGGUCGUGCAGCUAGGGGGCGCCCAGAUCAUCGGCGGCACCUUCUGCUUUGCGGGCGUCCUGGGGAGCGCGUGCACCAUCCCGAGGAACAAAAACACGGCAUGGACAUGGAUUUUUAUGUUUAUGUAA